CCUAGAGACUAGCCAUAUGGACUAAAUCUCCAAGGCUUUACCAUCUCUAAAGUAAUUCAGACAACAAAUUCAAAAUCGGCAAAUAGAGUUAUAGUUCUUGGUCUCCUACAGAUCCAUUGUGCAGUCUGAGAAAGUUACCCUCUGUGUUUAGCUUUUCUGUCUGAAGUGCGGGUAAUAGGAUUAGUACUGUCUAUUUUCCGACGGUAAUGAUCGUAACAAUGAUAGCCGCCCUUUACUGAGCUCUUGACACUGUGCUAGAUACUUUUCAUACAUCCUUGCUUCUCCAGAGCAGCUGGGAACACAGAGAAUCGAUGUUCCUCAGUGGUUUGUGAAGCACAGCCCUGCAGUAUUUAGUAAGAACAAGUACAGCUCUAGGACAGAGUAGAAUGUGGAAUUCCCUUGAAAUGUUAAGCAAAGAGUCCAAGAAAUCUGGGACUUUCUGGAGGGGGCUUCAGCUGUGGCCCCGAGUUACCUUGGGAUGCUGUGCUCGUUUCUUGGCCACUAGGGAGACUGUUGGAAAAGUUUGCAAAACACUCUCUUUUCCCUAUUUCAUGUUUGACUCACAUCAGAAAAACAGGAUUAUCAUUUGUAAUUUUGAAAAUUGUUCUCAUUUCCAGUACUGAUAAGUGCUGCCUUUCUGAUUGUUAAGCGCAUCAUCUUUCUCAUUCAUACAUUUGACAAACAAUAGCUGAACACCUGCUCUGUGCCAUGUGCUAUGUGCUGAGCACAUAGCAAAGAAAACGAAGUCCUCUCUCUCAUGGAGCUUCUCUUCUAAUAAACAGUGAUGCUUUGAGGGGAGGCCCGAGGAAGUCAAGGAGUCAGCCGUGUGGCUAUUUGGGGGGGAUUUUGCUCUUUAUUUAUUAUUUAUUAGCAAGGCAGAGUAGUAGGGGAUGAGGUCUGAAGGAUACAGAUUAUGGAGGCCCUGAGGGCAAGGGAAGGGUUUUGGAUUUUAUUCCGAGAAACAUGAGAAGCCAUUUUGGAGGCUUCUAGGAUGGGGGUAAUGGAGUGUGACAUAUAUUUUUAAAAGCUUACUCCGGCUGCUGGCUGAGCACAGCGGGGCAAGAAUCGGAAGUGAGGAGACCAGCUGGAAGACUACUGCCACAGUCCAGGCCAAGGACGGCAGUGUUGUAUACCAGGGUGGGAACGGUAGACGUGGUAAAAAGUGGCAAGAUUUGGGAUGUAUAUGGAAGGUGGGACCAGUGGAAUCUACAAAUGAGUUCGAUGAGGACUUGAGAGAAAGGGAAGCGUCAAGGCAAGCUGCGGGGGUUUUGGUCUAAGCAAUCUUAGGGAGGAGUUGCCAUUCAUGUUGUGACGGGCAGUUUGAUGGUCACCGGAAGGUCUGGCACCUUUAUAUGAAAAUCCUGAAAGCAGCUCCCCUACCGUUUGCAGCUCCCUUUGCAGAUAAAGAGCCGUGCGUUCCUUUGUGUUACCUUUGUUUUACUCGUGGACAUCUGCAACUAUAAUUUAAAACCACUCCUGUGUGCACAAUGUUCGUCUUGACCCAGAGGGCCUCUCCGUGCCAUCUCAGUCUGUCGACUCUUAUCCUCUCCAGACUUCCUCCCAUUUCCCAGUGCCCUGGCAGCACCUCUUCCCCAGCUGGACUGGUGACAGGAGUCUGGUCGUCUUCUCCACCCUGGCCGUUUUAAAUAACUAGCAGUUCUUAAAUUUUCUCCCUGGCCAUGCUGACAGCGGUUGGGUACCCUGGGCAUCGGUGUUUUGAUAACCGUGAUCUCUGAGGCUUUGUCCCCCGGGGCCAAUGGCCGGCCCAUGCGUUUCACUCGCACUGUGGCCUCGGAGCCCUGAAUCCCAGAGUGCUCCCUCUGUGCCGGGCACACCUGGUGUGGGGCAUGUGCUAAGGCGUUUAGGCUCCAAAGGGACAGUGUAAAAACUGGCAGGUAAAACUGGCCUACAUGAGGAUAUGUUUUAUGCUUAAAAUCAUAAAAUUGGUUCAUAACAGCCUGAUGUGCAGCAUACUAAACCUUUAUUAAACAUUAUAGGGGUCAUCGUUUUUGUCUUCCCAGUGUCUCUUCCCUCUCCUUUCUUCUGUGACCCACAUUAAGUCAAUUGUAGAACCCCCGCCCUCUGGCUUCAGUGGUAAGUCUGGAGAAGGGAAUAGGACCUCCAACAGGCUGAUGAGAGGGGAAAGACCUUUCUCUGGUGGUAAGUCGUUGAGAGGGAAAACCCAGAACCUGUGUGGCCAAGUUGGCAGCCUCCAGGGAAAGGUGGCCUGAGAGGACAAGGCUAGCCUCUGAGAAGAGAUGAAAAGCAGUGAGAGAGUGCCCCGAUAGUGCACUGCCCUCCUCUCAGAUGCCGGCUCCACUGUGCCCCUCCGUGUGUUUGCGUAAGGGACUGGGAAUCGCACCUGUCACUUCUUGCGGUCCUGGUUGUCACUACAACCACAGGUGCCCUGGUACCCCUACUAGGAUCAGGGCAUCCAGCAGGAAUACAAAAAUGACUCACCUGUGGCCCUGCCUCAGGCAUUUAUAAUCUAAUGGUUUGAUUUCAAAACCAGUGGGUGUGGUAAGAAAAUUGGUAAAAUCUGCCCUUUCACAAAUCAAUAGAUGGUCAGUUUUUAAAAUGUGAAGAAUGCAGAAAAAAAAAAUUAUUAGGUUUUAGUCACCUGAAUGUUAGCAAACCCUCCUAUACAUGAAUUUCCAGUGUCAUCUGUUAAAAUCAUCUUCAUUCCUUCAAGGUCCAUUUCCAAAGCCAUGUGCACCACUGGAAUUAAUUUAUGCACAAACAACCCUUGCUCGGUUGCUCUGUUUUAACACCAGGCUUUUGCACUUCGUAUACUUGUGUAACCCUCACUCCCUGUCGACUGCAGCAGUUGGGCAAGACACUGUUGCGUCUUUGAAGCUCUCUGUUGCAGAGAACAGCUCCCCGAACAUAGUAAAUGCUCAUAUUUGUUAAAUUAAGUCAGUCAUCAGCAUUGGUUUUGCUAAUAACUCCUGUAUACAGGUCCUUAAACCUUACAAACCACUUUUGUAUAAAAUUGCAUGGAAAAAUUGGUUGUCUAGUACUAGAUAAUUGCAAGUGAUAUUACUAAUAGGGUGAUAUUACUAAUAGAGAUGUGUGACCUUAGAAUUAAGUAUACGGGUGCCUGGGUGGCUCAGUCAGUUAAGCAUCUGAUUCUUGAUUGCAGUUCGGGUCAUGAUCUCACGGUUCCUGAGUUCCAUCCCCGUGUCAAGCCCCACGUCAAGCCCCAAGUAGGGCUCUGUGCUGCUGACUCUGCGGAACCUGCUUGAGAUUCUCUUUCUUUCCCUUUCUCUGCCCUCUCGUACUCUCCCUCUCUCUCUCUCUCUCUCUCUCAUAAAUAAAUAAUCUUUUAAAAAAUUAAGUGAAAUAUUUAGCUAUAAAUGUAUGCUAGCUGGAAAGGAAGAACACUGGGAAGAUUUUUAGAUGCAAAUGAGCCAGAGGGUUAGUUAGGUACUAGGUGAAGACACCUGUUGUCACAAGAAGAAGGUGUUGACUACGGCAGGACUCACCAUGAGUCGUAAGAGGUGAAACUUUGUUCUUUUCAAAACCUGCUGGUAAGAUUCAUGUGGAGCCACUGGUGGGAUGAGUUGCGGGUAGAUUAAGAAAUGGGGCUUUUGGAUCUCCAUCUCCGCUUACUUUAACCACAGCCAAAAGGCAUAAAAAUUAAUAGGUAUCUCUUUCUUGCAUUCUUUUUUCUCUUUUCGCUCCCUAUCUUUCUGAUCGAGGAUCUUCUGAGUUGAGUAUUUGUCCAAUUAAAUGCAUCUGAUUAAAACUGUCAAACUGAAAAGGAAGUGAGUUGGAAAAAAACGCAGCCAGAGUUGCAGAUAUUGAGUUACCGGUUUUCUGCUUGAGAACUGAAUUAUAAAUAAAUGUGUUAGGUAGUGGAAUUUUGUUUUGUUUUCCCCAAAGGAGAAAUAUUCACCACAUGGAAACAAAAUUUAUUCAGCAUAUUUUCGUUCCGUAAUUGUACCACUUCUAUUCUUAAUUCUUUGAGUUGAUGAUUUAAAGUGAAAAACACAAAAACAGACUGUUGUGUAAAAUUGACAGGAAUGAGUGUGAACCUGGCUGUCAGAGACAUAGGUUGUUGUAAAAUUAGCAAUGGAAAUAGCUUCCUAUUCUGGAGGUUAAAAAUAAUGUAUUUACAAGGAAGUUAUUUACAUUGGCCGUUUAGAGGCUUCCCCUGGGAGCCUUAGUUAGGAAAGCUGUGAAAUCCACAGUCCAUGUGCUCAGGAAGCGUUUCCGGGACCGCAGCAUGUGGGGUGCUCAGAGAUUACGUGCCAUGAUUCUGUGCUCCUGACGGACAGGAAAAUGGAGCUGUCUCGCUGCCCAGGGGCUUCUCGAAUUGUGAAAGAGAGUCAAAAGUCAAGCCUGGCUUCUUGUAAAGUUUGUGGUGUCCAACAAGUUAAUCUCCUAGAUUGCCAGAAUGCUUUGUUUUGAGCUUCUCCAAUGAGAAUCUUUUCUCAUAAUGUGGUGUGAAAGGUGCUACGGGCUCCUGCACACCCCGCCGAAGGGGAGCUCCCCGUAACUGGACCGAUGCAGCCUUCAAGGACAUCUCCUGGAUGAAUUCAGAUGUGAAAUACAGAGCAGCCCAGCAGGGGGAGGAGAAUUAAUAUUUGUGGGAGAAAAUCCUUGUCGCUGCUGUUUUGAGCUGAAAGCAUAUUUGUUUGAGCCGCUUAUGAUUUUUCUCCAACCUCUGCAGGUCUCCACUUCUCUUGCAUUCAUGUCUCUGAAAGCUUCCCCCACUUUCUGCUUGACCUCAGGUGAUGCCAGAAUAAUUUCAAAAAUGUUUCUUUUCGGGUUUCUGGUCUGGCUCCUCCUCGGCUAUGUGCGUUGAAAUUAUUUGGUGAUUUAUUACUUGAAUAGUCUCAAUUUUAGUAGCAGCAUCUUCAGAAAAGUGAUGAAUAGAGUAUUGCGAGUUAAAAAAUACUCUACAUAUCCGAGUUUUCUUGCAGUCAGGAAGAGAGUGUAUCUAGGUGGUCACGUCCGCAAAGAACCGGGAAUGGGUUGGUUAAGAAACAUCCAGCUAUUUUAGAGGCCAUAAAAUGGUCCGUUUAAGGGAUGCUUGGUUUGCUUGUUGGGCGCUUAUGUUUUGGCAAGGUUGGGAAAGUUUCUCUAAACGUAGAUAUCAACUGUUUGUAUCAUUCAAGAAUGUUCGGAUCUCCUGAUCACUGCUUGGUAGGAUUAGAGCCUGAAUGGACAGCUUUAGUUUUGUUUUUGUUUUUGUUUUUGUUUAAUUUUUUAAAAAUGUUUUUAUUUAUUUUUGAAGGAGAGAGAGACCGAGCGUGAGCAGGGGAGGAGCAGAGAGAGAGGGAGACACAGAAUUUGAAGCAGGCUCCAGGCUCUGAGCUGUCAGCACAGACCCCAGUGUGGGGCUCAAACUCCCAAACUGUGAGAUCAUGACCUAAGCCAAAGUCUGAAGCUUAGCCGACUGAGCCACCCAGGUGCCCCAGGACGGCUUUAGUUUUUGAUGCACUCACCAGCCUCAGUACUUUUGGAGGGGGAACUAGUCUUGCUCACUGAGGGUGUGGAGGGGGUAGGAAAUUAAGCUAUGCCUUUGGGGCUUUGCCAGUAGAAGUGCUGAAUUUUAGAGGCGGUUGAAUCAGCUUUUGAUCACCAACAAAGAAGUUGCCUGGAAGGAAUGGAGAGAUUAGAAUAUGGGAAUGAUGGAUUCUUACCUCUGAAUGGUUUAUCCUAAGAUAAGGAGUGAUUACUGUCCUUAUCUAUGAGAAUUCUCUUGCUGAUUUCUGUUUCUAGAGCGUGGAGGCCUGGAUGACCAGGAGUAGGAGGGCAGCAGUUUCUGACAACUAGAAGUUGCCAUUCAGAGGGCAUCUGGCGGGCGGUGCAUUGGAGCUUUGCAGAGAAGCACUGGGCCAGUUGUUGUGUGAUUUGGGUUCUUGGUUCUGGCAUUAACAGUAGGUAGCUAUGUGCUUUUGAUCUCACCAGGAUAUUCCCUCAGAAUAUGUAAUAGUCUCAGUAAAAUGACGAGCUGGGACAUGUGGCUAUGAAUUUUUGUGGUUCUCAAAACCCUGCUUUCAGGCACCUUGUUAACUGACACCACAUUGGUUCUGGACCAGUCUUGACUAUCUGGAGCUACUCUAGUGUGACAAAAAUAUCAUCUGCAAGUACUCACUUUUGAAUCAUUUGUUUUCCUACGUUCUUUCAGUGAGCGUCAAUAAAGAUCAGAGAAGAAAUUCUUUGAGACACUCAACUGUUCUUAUUGUAGUGAUUCUUUUAUUUCUCUUACUAUUUACAGGAUCGUUCCCAUGUGAUUUUUCUGAAGGAUAAGAUAUUUAAACUGAAAUCAAGAAAGGUGGCUUACCAAAGGGACACAAAAUUAGCCCUCUUGUUGAAAUGGAUGUUGACUACUUGAUGUUUGGUAAAAAAAAAAAAAAACAAAAAAAAAAAAAAAACAAAAAAAAAAAAACAUCUCUUGGAGAAGCCAGUGGGGAGAUGAGUAGUUUAGGGUCUUGCUGGUUUCAGCGAAGGUGACAAAUGUUGAAAUGGAGUGGGAAGAAGGAAAUGUGGCAAAUCACAAGGAACCAGACUGUUUUUAACAGAGAAAAUUCAAUUUUAUCUGCCUUUUUUCAGCAAAUUCCAUUUGAUAUUUUACAUUUUCUUGAUAAUUUAAUAAAGAAUCUCAGGAAGGAGUCAUGGAACUUUAGCUUAGUGAAAGAGAAUUUGUCAUUUGUGACAUUUCUUCUCUAAAUAGCAUGGGAAGAUCAAUGUAUCAGCUUGUAGCUCAUGCAUUACUAGUUCAACUACUUCUAUUCAGAAAAGAAACACCAUAUCAUAUAGCAAAACUUGGCACAAUGGGAAAUUUUAGCUCAAUUCCUAAACAUUCAUUGAACUCCGCUGGGGUCCGGGCAUCGUGUUAGGCACAGUGGGGGAUGUGUGGAUGAUAGAACAUGAUCCCUGCCUUCAAGAAACACCACCGCUUACGUUUUAGAAGAUAAGUCUAUAGUAGAUAAUUUAGAGUGAUGUAAAAUCAGUGUAAACAGAACAUGGGAACGUUGGCUCUGCAUUCAAAAGAUGCACAGAACGUUGCUGCUUCUCACCGCUGGCAGUCACCUCGAGCUGAGCUACUGUCAUCCCUCACCUGGGUUCCAGCCUCCUGGCUGGUCUCCCUGCUUCCACCCUGUGUCUGUAGCCUCUUUUCCACACAGAGGCCAGAACAGCCCUUUGGAAAUGUAAGUCACAUCAGGGGUGCCUGGGUGGCUCAGUUAGUUAAGUGUCUGACUUGAACCUACUUCAUGAUCUUGCCAUUCCCAAGUUCGAGCCCCGAGUUGGGCUCUGUGCCGACAGCUCAGAGCCUGGAGCCUGCUUCAGAUUCUGUGUCUCCCUCUCUCUGCCCCUUCCCGCCCCCCUCAAAAAUAAAUAAACAUUUAAAAAAUUAAAAAAAGAAAGAAAAUGUAAGCCAUAUCAUAUCAAAGCCCUCUGGUAGUUCCCAGUUUCACCAGAUGCAAAAGACCUUUCCACAGUUUACAGUGUUCUGCAGGUCUGCAUAGCCUCACUGGUUCACAACACACACCCAUCCUCGCUCCCUCCCCUCCCUCUCUUUCUCUGAUGUUACUUCUCUGACUUCCUCUCCUUCUGCUCUGACCCCUACUCACCGCACUCUACCCACACUAGCCUCCUCGCUGGGCCACGGACACGUGUUUCCACAUCAGGGCCUUUACAGUGACUCCCUCUGCAUGGAACGCUCUCCCAGAGGGAGCUGAAUGAACAACUGCUCAUUUCUUUCAAGUCUUUGCUCAAAUGUCACCACCUCAGUGAGGCCCCAUAUGCCCAUCCUAUUUAAGAUGGCAAGUUUCCUCCUACCUGUUACCCCCCCAUCCUCCUUGUCCUGCUUUGUAUCUUUUCCCAUAGCACUUCCCAACCUCUGGCUUACUGUAUGACUUACUAGUUUUUAAAUUUUGUGUGCCAUCUUCCUCUCCUGGGAUAUGAAGCUCCACGAAGGCAGGAUUUUCGUUCAGUGUGGUUCAGUCUAGAAUGAUCUAGAACAAUGCCUGGCAUGCCACAGAUACUCCACAAUUGUUUGUUGGAUAAGUGAAUGAAUGAGAAAGGAGAGAUUAAUUCUGAGAGUUCCGGGGAGAAUCACAAGGAAGAAAAUUUUGAGCUGGCAGGUGAAGGAUAAAUAGUCAGGUUUUCUGAGGAAAGACAUUCCUGAUGGAAGGACUAUCUUGAGCAAAGGUAGAACAAUGACAGAGCUCAUGGGUGCUCUUGGAAUGGCUGGGAGUCCCAACGGAGCGGUGCUUUGCGGGCAGUCAGUGUGGCAGUGGUGGAAAGAAAAAUUAAUGGACGGAAAAUAAUUAAAGGAGACUCUUAGUGGAGUGAGGAGACAAAUUCUUAAUCAUUGCCUGUGAUAAGAUGGCAGGCAUGUUGGUAAUCGGAAUCCAGGACUCUCAAAGAAGUAACAUGCAUAACAUGGGAAAUGCUGUCACUUUAAGAAAUCGGUAAUGUGAGCAGUGUUUGCGAAUGAGAUCUGAUUUUUAUAUAGUUCUUGCCUGUUUGCAAAUCACAGUCACAUGCUUAUUGUGAUUUAAGCUUCAUAACAAUUGGAUGCAGUUGUAAUAUCUAACAGGCAGGUAGUAUUUACAUCGUUGGAUGAACUUUUCAAAAAAAGUCAGUUGCCUCUUCUAUCAAACCAGCUAAGCGACUUGCCUGAGGUCAUGGAAUCAGAAAGUGGGGAAGCGGCUUCCCACUGUCUUGUGCCUCACAGACAACAUUUUCCCACCCUGCCAGGCUGCCUCUCUAAUUCUGAUGCGACACUAAAGAUAUCAUGCCGGUUUCUUUUUUCUUUUUUUUUUUUUAACAAGGGAACGUGUUUCUUUCCAUUUCCCCCACCACUGAGAAUAGCAGUCUCUUCAUGCAGUUACUUCUCUCCCAGAUCCAUUUUUCUCUCUCCCUCUUUUCCAUUUCAAUUUGUCUGGAAUAAUUAUAGAAAGAUGAAUAUGUUUCGUAGGUGGGUGUGUUUUUACCUUUGCCUGUUUAGUAUUUUACCUUCUCUCAGAAGGCUUCUGCCAAGACUGUCUGACUCAGCACCUGACAUUCUGGUAAGGUUGCUGCUGUCUCUCUUGUGGUUCUUGGGGCGAGGGGAAGAGAAAGCAUGUGAACAACUCCGUUUGAAUGUCUUCAGACUUGCUUGUUGCCCACUGGGGAGUAAACUUGAUCUUCUUAAUUCCCCCAGAUGUUAGUAGGCUGGAAGAGGCGGAGGGAGAACUCAGUGAAGGAGAGCACUGGUAUGGAAACUCUUCAGAGACUCCGUCAGAAGCAUCCUAUGGAGAAGUCCAGGAGAACUAUAAGCUGUCUCUGGAGGACCGGAUCCAAGAGCAGUCCACUUCCCCUGACACCUCCUUGGGAAGUGCCACUCCCAGCAGUCACACGUUGGAGCUGGUGGGACUUGACGGUGAGGUCCUGAGAGACUCACUGCAGUGUCAAGAUCACCUCUCCCCUGGCGUGUCUUCUUUGUGUGAGGAUGACCCCCCAGGCUCCACUAAGCCCUUGAGCAGCAACCUGAGGCGGCUGCUGGAGGCUGGCUCCCUCAAACUCGAUGCCACCGCCACGGCCAAUGGCAGGGUGGAGUCCCCAGUGAACGUGGGCUCGAACCUCUCCUUUUCCCCACCGUCCCACCAUGCCCAGCAGCUCAGUGUUCUUGCCAGGAAGUUGGCUGAGAAGCAGGAACAGAAUGACCAAUACGCUCCAAGUAACCGUUUUAUAUGGAAUCAAGGUAAGUGGUUGUCAAACUCAACCACCACCUGCGGCUUGUCUCCGGAUUCAGCCAUCCUCAAACUGAAAGCCGCAGCCAAUGCCGUUCUGCAGGACAAAUCUCUCACCAGGACUGAGGAGACCAUGCGAUUUGAGUCCUUUUCCUCCCCUUUUAGCUCCCAGUCUGCCAGUUCCACGCUGGCAGCCUUAUCCAAGAAAGUCAGUGAGAGAAGCUUGACUCCCGGUCAGGAACACCCACCCCCGGCCAGCUCUUUCCUUUCCCUGGCUUCCAUGACCUCCUCGGCGGCCCUUCUGAAAGAGGUAGCAGCAAGGGCUGCUGGGAGUCUUCUGGCUGAGAAAUCAUCACUGGUGCCUGAGGACCCUCUACCGCCACCGCCUUCAGAGAAGAAGCAAGAGAAAGUAACCCCACCACCCCCGCCACCGCCUCCACCACCUCCGCCACCACCACCACAGUCCUUGGAAUUAUUGUUACUCCCAGUUCCUAAGGGAAGAGUUUCUAAACCCUCCAGCUCAGCCUCAGAAGAGGAAAGCGGGAAGCCUUUCCAGUGUCCGAUAUGUGGUUUGGUUAUAAAAAGGAAGAGUUACUGGAAGCGGCACAUGGUGAUCCACACAGGUUUAAAAAGUCACCAGUGUCCGCUCUGUCCAUUCCGGUGUGCUCGCAAGGACAAUCUCAAAUCCCACAUGAAGGUUCAUCAGCACCAGGACCGGGGAGAGACCUUUCAGUGCCAGCUAUGCCCUUUUACCUCCUCACGCCACUUCAGCCUGAAACUCCACAUGCGUUGCCAUCAGCAUUUCCUGAGGACAGAAGCCAAGGUGAAGGAGGAGAUCCCAGACCCAGAUGUCAAGGGAUCUCCCCACCUCAGUGACAGUGCCUGCCUGGGGCAGCAAAGGGAAGGAGGAGGGACAGAGCUAGUGGGGACCAUGAUGACGUCCAACACUCCAGAGAGGACUAGCCAGGGUGGGGCUGGCGUCUCGCCUUUGCUGGUGAAGGAGGAACCCAAGGAAGAUAACGGCCUGCCAACCUCCUUUACUCUGAAUGCUGCCGACAGGCCGGCCAACCACACAAAGCUGAAAGACCCCUCCGAGUAUGUGGCCAACAGUGCGUCAGCAUUGUUCAGCCAGGACAUCUCUGUUAAGAUGGCGUCUGAUUUUCUCAUGAAGCUGUCAGCUGCGAAUCAGAAGGAGCCCAUGAAUCUUAAUUUUAAAGUGAAAGAGGAGCCGAAGGAAGAAGAGGCCUUAAGUGCCGCUUUGCCUCGGUCCAGCUAUGUGUUCAGCCCGGAAUCUGAAGUGUCAGCCCCAAGCAUCGCUGAGGACACCCUUAAGCCCCAGGAGGGGAAGGGGAACGUGCUAAGGCCGGAUAUGUCAGUCAAAGCAGCGUCCGAACUUCUCAUGAAACUAUCAGCGGAAAGCUACAAGGAAACUCAGAUGGUGAAGAUUAAAGAGGAGCCCAUGGAGGUUGACAUCCAGGACUCGCAUGUCUCGGUAUCACCCAGCCGGAAUGUUGGCUAUAGCACUUUAAUCGGGCGAGAGAAAGCCGAACCCUUACAGAAGAUGCCAGAGGGCAGAGUGCCCCCAGAGAGAAACCUCUUCAGUCAGGAUAUCUCUGUGAAGAUGGCUUCCGAGCUUCUCUUUCAACUGUCAGAAAAAGUGAGCAAAGAGAACAAUCACACAAAAGAAAACACCAUUCGGACGACCACCAGCCCUUUCUUUUCAGAAGAUACAUUUAGACAAUCACCAUUCACCUCUAAUUCGAAAGACCUGCUGCCCAGUGACUCUGUGCUUCACGGAAGAAUAUCAGCGCCAGAAACAGAAAAGAUAGUACUAGAGGCAGGAAACGGAUUGCCAUCCUGGAAAUUCAAUGACCAGCUUUUUCCCUGUGAUGUGUGUGGGAAAGUGUUUGGCCGACAGCAGACGUUGUCCCGACAUCUCUCGCUGCACACAGAGGAAAGAAAAUACAAAUGCCACUUGUGCCCCUAUGCUGCUAAGUGCCGUGCGAACCUGAACCAGCACCUGACCGUCCAUUCGGUGAAGCUGGUGAGUACGGACACUGAGGACAUUGUCAGCGCCGUCACCUCUGAAGGCAGUGAUGGGAAGAAGCACCCUUAUUAUUACAGCUGUCACGUGUGUGGAUUUGAGACCGAGCUCAAUGUCCAGUUUGUCAGCCACAUGUCACUCCACGUGGACAAGGAGCAAUGGAUGUUUUCCAUCUGCUGCACCGCCUGUGACUUUGUCACCAUGGAGGAAGCAGAGAUAAAGGCUCACAUUGGCACCAAGCACACAGGAGAAGACAGGAAGACCCCCAGUGAAUCAAAUAGCCCCUCUUCAUCCUCCCUCUCAGCUCUGAGUGAUUCAGCCAACAGCAAAGAUGAUUCAGACAGCUCUCAGAAAAACAAGAGUGGAAACAACGUGCUGGUGAUCUCUGUUGUGCCUGGGAGCCAGCCCUCACUGAAUAGUGAGGAAAAGCCAGAGAAAGGGUUCGAAUGCGUUUUUUGCAACUUUGUCUGCAAGACGAAGAACAUGUUUGAGCGCCACCUGCAGAUACACCUUAUCACCCGGAUGUUUGAGUGUGACGUGUGCCACAAGUUCAUGAAGACACCUGAACAGCUGCUGGAGCAUAAGAAAUGCCACACUGUCCCCACCGGUGGGCUCAACUCAGGACAGUGGUGAGUUUCAGACUCCUCUAGGUGCCCAUUCUGCAUUUAUUCCACCAACCGCCCCGCUGCCAUGGAGUGCCACCUCAAGACCCACUACAAGAUGGAGUACAAGUGCC